AUGGAUGCGCUGAAACUGCUAUCCCGCUCUACCGCCCUGAAAUCAAAAAUUUCGAGACCGUCGCCACAGAAUAUCCCUUCCGCAUCAGGGCAAGCACCCAUCCAAGAUGUAACAGAGUCUAAUACGGGUCGAAAACGGAAGAGAGAAUCAAAUGAACGAGAUCAUGAUGAUAUCCAAUCAACAGCAUCUGGCCAGCUAUCCGAACAGGAAAUCCGCCAACUUCACAAGAAGCACAAAAUUAAGAUUGUAGACUUGAAUCGGUUCCGAUCCAUCGGCAAGUCGUCAGAAUCACGAAAGACGCAGAAAGAACAAUCGCGCCUAUUCCCUCAGCCGCUUACAUCCUUCGGUCAACUGCGUACGAAAUAUGGAAUCAACGCUAUUCUGGCACGAAAUAUAUCAGCCCAGGCGUAUUCUGAGCCGACCGAGGUUCAAAUCGCAACCCUGCCCUUGCUAUUGAAAGACUCAGGCGAGGAACUAGAGGCUGAACCCAAUCUCUUGACCAUCGCACCAACAGGAAGUGGCAAAACUCUCGCUUUCCUGAUUCCCUUGAUCGAGAAGAUCUCGAGGGCUCAUCGACUCGCUGGGUCAACUGUUGACAGACAUGUUCGCGCUAUCAUUCUGGCCCCUACAAAAGAACUGGUUUUCCAGAUAGUCAGUGAAGGCAGGAAGCUGGCAGCAAAAACGGGCGUGACCAUUACCGCGGUGAAGAAAGGCAUGAGACUUUUUGAAGGACUGGCACUUUCCGAUGAGGAGGAGUUUGGAGAUAACGGAGAAGUUGAUCAAAGCGAUGACGAAGGCGAGUCUUUGAAAAGGGCCACUCUCGUCAAAGCUGAUAUCUUGGUCUCGACCCCGCUAAGCGUGGUACAUCUUCUUUCUCCGUCUUGGGAAGAAGAAGAAAACUCGGCUCUGCAAUCGUUACCCAACGUUGAAAGCCUCAUAUUCGACGAGGCGGAUGUCCUUCUCGAUCCGCUCUUCCGAUCUCAGACGCUUGCUGUUUGGUCCGCCUGCACCUCACUUGCCUUGAGAGUAAGCAUGUGGUCUGCAACCAUAGGAUCGAAUGUCGAAGAGCUUGCGGUACAGAUCAUUUCAGACCGGCAAAAGAAACUCCAACUUUCUCGGCGUCAAUGUCUAUCGCUAAUCCGAACCAUUAUUGGUUUGAAAGACACGAGCCUACCAACAAUCUCACAUCGACUGGUUUACACUGCAACAGAAUCUGGAAAGCUUCUCGGUAUGCGGCAGUUGCUUCACCCAUCGCGGUCCCUGUCCAUGUCGAAACGUCAAGACAAUGAGGCGGCGCCGCUCCGGCCGCCAUUUCUGGUCUUCACACAAACGGUGGACCGUGCCCAGGCAUUGUAUAACGAACUUCAAUACGACAUUCCUGCCCAAGCAGGCGGUUCAUCCCGAGUGGCAGUACUUCAUGCUUCCCUGUCCCAGCGUGCGCGGUCAUCCAUCAUGCAGGAAUUCCGACAGGGGAAAAUAUGGGUUUUGAUCACUACGGACCUUCUGUCGCGUGGUGUCGAUUUCCGAGGAGUGAAUGUGGUGGUGAACUAUGAUAUACCGACCACCGUUGCUGGAUAUGUCCAUCGCGCAGGAAGGACAGGAAGAGGCGGUAGAGAAGGUGGUGUCUGUGUCAGCUUCUACACUAAAGAGGAUAUUCAAUACGUGAAAGGUAUAGCGAACGUGAUUGCUGCCAGUCAGAAGAUGCGAGGAAACUCGGAAAAAGACAAUGACGGCACACAAAGCAAGGAGACAAACUUAUCCGCGACGACGGAGAUCCAGCCUUGGUUGCUCCACGCGCUUCCCAGCGUCUCCAAGUCAGCAAGGAAGGACCUCAAAUUACACGGAGUGAAGACUCGCCGAGCCAUUCAUGUGGAUGAUGACGAGAAAACCAAACGGAUGAAGCGGAAAGCAAGGAUCGGAACGCAGAGCGGUUACGAGAGAAGGGAAAUGAACCGCAAGCGCGGUGCCCUAGAAGGGAGUCUAAGAGCGAAAAGAAAGUCGCGCCAACAACAGGAGAAUCCAGAUUGGGAAGGCUUUGAGUGA